CAUGGUGAGCUGCUGGUUUUGUGCAAGGUGCAUGAAGCACUAAAGUCACACCACACUGAAGAAAGACAUGGGUGUUCAGAUGAAACGAACGAUUAGCAUUAACCGCUGCCCGGGGUGGGGGCGGAAGACCCUGCUGCCGAUGAGACCGCUACAGGAAGGGCCUCUGCAAAAGCCCACCAGUCUCUACUCAGCACAUGCAACAGGCUGUAGCAGGGGCCAGAAUCUCCAUCUGUGUGGCUGAAACAGACAUAACCAGAAAACACAGCACACCAGGUUCCCACCAAGAGAAUUAGGACGAUUAGCUUGCCCUGCUCCCUUGCACAGACAACAUGUCAAGCUCUUUGUUUGUUUUAUUUUUAUUAAUUCACACAGAAUAAACAGCUAAAACAAGCAGUGAAAUGUAAAUAAUAAAGCAAGAUUAUAAAAUGGAAUGUGUGAGUGAGACAAGGAGCACAUAAUAACCCACACCAUAAAUAUAUUUCAGUCAGAACAUCUCACACAGUUAGAUUGAACAUUUCAAUGAAUAUGUAAGAGCAUUUUUUUGGUUUUGCACUGAAUGGAUCUGCUUCAGGUACUACAAUGCACACACCAGCGCCCACUACCCUAUCAAACCCUACUAAACAGGAGGAAUACCAUCCAUCCAUCCACCCAUCCAUUAUCGAUAUCCGCUAAGCAUCCUGGGCAGGGUCGUGGGGGUUGGUUUUUUGUUUAUCACACUGUUCUCAAAACUCUAGAGGCUGCAGUGUGUGAGGGUGGCAGCUGUUCCUUGAGAUGCUGGAACCACCACGUCUGUCACCAGCAAUCACACCACGUUCAAAGUCACACAGAUCAUACAAAAAUCAGCCCAAGCUUAAUGGCCAAACAAAAACUACACCUCUUCACCACGUCCACAUGCUUUACACAUUGUCUUGCAGCCAAAUUAUUUGUUUGAAGGAGCAGGUUAUUGAUGCAGGUACUGUAUACUUAAUAAAGCUGCCCCCGAGUAUAAAUAAAGUAAGCUGGUGUGUGAAAUUAAAAUGGGCGUCUCAUGCGUCUCUGAAUUCAUAGAAAAGCUGAUGGACUGCUUAACAACUCUGAAAUCACUUUCCAAUGCUGGAGAUUCAGCAAUAUGAUAAAGGAGUGGUUUUGUUUAAGAAAUGUCAGCAGUUAUACUGAUAAAAAAUGUCACAUGUUGUCAGUUUCCUGUCCAGCCUCAAUAAAAGCACAGCAGUGAACGGCUGAUAAUUGCGCGCAGCAGCGAUCUUCGGUCCAAAGCGUUUGAGAUCCUCCCUGACGCCAUGUCUGCACCUCUCCUGACUCCCCUGGUAGUGGGUCUCCUGAUUGCCUUGGGCCAAGCAGCCCAACAGGACUCAGGCAUUGUGAAUGGCAGGGAGGCUCAGCCACACUCCAGGCCUUACAUGGUCUCUGUGCAGGAAAGGAACAAGCACAUCUGUGGAGGUUUCCUGGUGUCCAGGUCCUUUGUAAUGACGGCAGCGCAUUGCUGGACAAAAGACGGAAUGACAGUUCUGCUUGGGGCCCAUGACAUUUCUGAGAAACGAAAGUCAAUCAGGGCUGAAGUAGCAGGGUACCGCAUCCACCCUGGGUACAAUGAUUACACACUGGAGAACGACAUCAUGCUGCUGAAGCUCAAGACUGUAGUUCAGAAGACAAAAGAAGUGAAGUGGAUCUCCCUGCCUGAGAAAGACGAAGACAUACAGCCCAAUAAGCUCUGCAGUGUGGCAGGAUGGGGGGCCAUCAAAUCGAAUGGGGCCACAAGCCCACGCCUACAGGAAGUCGAUGUGAGCGUCGUGGACCGAGCAGAGUGCCAAGAAAGGUGGGGGAAUAAACCGAUCACACCCAGGAUGAUGUGUGCAGGGGGAAGUGCCGACAAAAGAGGAUUCUGCCAGCGAGACUCAGGGGGUCCCCUGGUGUGCAGUGGACUAGCAGUGGGAAUCGUUUCCUUCAACUAUAAUUAUAAUUGCACCUACCCAAAUCUGCCCAACGUUUAUACUCAGAUCUCAAAGUUCUUGCCCUGGAUUGAGAAGUACAUCAACAACACUUCUUUGUCUUUCUUGAAACGUUAAUGGCCUCACUCUUGUGUAGACAAAUACCUCCCUGGUAGCUGGAUGGUGAAAAUGCCCAGGGACACAAGCAGAUGGAAUCCCAGGUAUCUUAUAAUGUGCUUCACCAUGCGCUUAUCUUUACAGCUAACAUUAAGCUAAUUCCAUUUCAAAUAUCGAUACUGCAUGUUUAGAUGUGAUCCACUGAGUUUUGUUUAUUAGUCAAUUCUGCAUUUCCCCCAUGCAGACGCUGUGGUUCUGGCAUUACAUUAGCUUCAUUAAAAUGCAUGCAAAUAUGA